AUGACGGUCACCCCGGAGGAGUUCGACGAGGUCUUUUCGCUCAUCUGUCAGGAUCCACAGGAGCACUUCGCGCUGUUCGACUCAUGGGAAGUGGACGUGAUGGAGGUCUUCGCGGUGAUCAUCGUGUAUUGCGACGCGAUGAUGGAGGAGAAGGUGCCUCUGCUCUUCGAUCUCUUCGACUUUGACCACUCCAAGGAGAUGUCACAAGACGAGCUGGUGCUGUUGAUGCUGUGCACAACCCGAGGACUGUGUAAGGUGGUUGGGAUGCCUCGACCUGCCACCGACAGUCUGGAAGCUCUGGCUACUGACGCUUUUGCCCACAUCGACGCUGAUCGCAGUGGCCAGAUCUCACUCGAGGAGUUUUCCGACUGGGUCCUGCACGAACGCAGCGCCAUGGCGUACCUGGCAAAGUUCGCCAACACGCGCGUGAUCUACGAGAACCAGGUCCAGUACGACCUGAUGAUCAAGGAGGUCUGUACAGCCUUCAUGAACUUCGCUGAAGUGGAUCAAUCCGACGAUGCCAAGGACAAAGAAGGCCAACAACCUUUGCUGUGCUCCGAGGACUUGUGUGAGGAAAUGAUCCAGCGCUAUUGCCCCGCAACCGAGAAGCACGAGAUCGCCUUCUUGCUGCGCACAAUGAAGACCAUCAUGAACAAAAGGAAGGGUGAGGCCAACCAGCCAGAGGAUAGCGCCGACAAGGCGCACACCAUGAUCUCGAUGGACGCGUUCUUCCUCGUUGUCUCUCCGUACGCCGCAUUCCUCGCCGCUGACGACGACGGAGAGCACUCAAUCAACAUCAAGGAGCUUAGGAUCCUCAUCUGGCUGCUUCGAGGAUCCGAGCCGAGCCAAGCGGUGGUCGACAGCUUCAUGAAGUCGCUGGAUGACAACCGCGACGGCUUCCUCAGCGCUAUGGAGUGGGUCUCGUACGCGCUUGAGGCCAACAAAGAGACCGGCAGUCAGUCGUUUGCGAACCAGAUCCACCUGCUCUUUGCCACCGCCGACCUGAACGGAGACGCUGUGCUGUCGUUAUCGGAGCUGGAAAUCGGACUGAGAUCCAUUUUCGCUGAUCACUUAGAUCGUGUAGAGCCGGCGCCUAAACCAGAAGCCGCUGCAUCGCCCGAGUCAGCGUGGGAAGAGCUCACAGCCCCGGAGCGCGUGGAGAGACGACGCAAGUCGCAGUUUUCCUCGAUUACCAGUCUCGUCGCGGAGCUGGCCAAGGAAAUCAUGCAGGAGCUCGACGCCAACGAGUCGCAGCGUAUCGAAUGGUACGAGUUCCGGCAGCACCUCGACUACCUCGAGCAACGUGUGAUGGAGAUGAAAGCCUACAUCCAAGAGCACGUAUUAGACUCGGAAGACUGA